AAUCAACGUCGCUCUUUACAAUAAUUACCUUGAUCGACAGCUGUGAGGACGUUUUUUUGCAGUUUCUUUUCAUAAAAUUUAAAAGUUAGGCGAAAAUGGGUUUAAAGGAUGAGCCACAAUAUAACAAAGAGCAAAUGGAAUUGCUCAAAAAAAUUUUCGAGGAAUUCGAUUUCGAAAAAACCGGUCAUUGUUCCUUGGAUAUUAUCCCAACGACCCUUACCACGUUGGGUGUCAAGUUGAAGGAGGAAGAAUUGGAGGCACUUUGCAAAGAAGUCGACAAAAAUGGCUCCGGCAUGAUUGAAUUUAAUGAAUACGUUGAGUUAGCUAAAAUUUACAUCGAGCCUGAGGAGGAUUACAAACAAGUCUACUCAGAGUUGAGACAAGUUUUCAUGAUUUUCGAUAAAGCCAAUAAGGGUUACCUUGAACUAGCUGAAUUCAAAUCAGUGUUGAAAGAAAUCGAACCUGAACUUCCCGACCAAGAAUUGGACGACAUUGUCGAUGAAGUUGAUGCUGAUGGCUCAGGCCGCAUUGAAUUCGAGGAGUUUUUGGAAGUUAUGAUUGGAGCUGAUGAAUAAAUUAAAAUUUUUAAAUUAAA